AUGACUACAACCCUCCCACAACUGCAAAUAUUUGGAGCUACUUUCUAUUCUACUCUUAAUGUGGCACAGUUGCUUAUUUAUUCUCCUUCAACAUCCUUCUCUAUCUAUGCUAGAUCAUCAAACUGCUAUCGAUGUUCAUAUGAAAACAUAGCCGAAGAUGUUACCAAUACUACAAUAUAUCUGGAUACAAAUUAUCCUAUCGAUAUCAAUGUGCUAAAGAGUAGUAACAAAACAUUCCACUGCCAGCGACAAAUCCAAUUCCAGGAAGGAGUUCGUUAUUUGAUGUUUUUAGACACUCAAGGAGAUAACUAUACCGAAUGCACAUUAAGACCUCUAUUAAAAGAUCGUAUAUCAGUAUUAGAUCAAGGCUUGAUGUUAUUUGCAUGUGUUAUAGCAAUGAAUUACAUCCUGUGGCAUCUCCUUUAUCCUGUAAAUUUAAAGAGAAAUCUUUACCAACAACCUCAUAUAGACAAUUUAGACAGGCGUAUACGGUCACUGGACCUCUAUAGAGGUUUAUGUGCUAUUGUUAUGGCUUUUGGUGAUUCUGGUGGAGGACAAUACCGAUUCUUCAAGCAUUCUAUUUGGAAUGGUCUCACUAUCGUCGAUGUCGUUUUUCCUGGAUUUAUCUUUAUUUCGGGUUUCUCACUCUCUAUAUCGCUGGUCAAACGACUGUAUAAAAUGCAAACGCCGAAGCUCAUUUUAAUUGUAACUACAAUUCGUAGAUCAUUUUAUUUAUUUUUUCUGGGGCUUUUGAUUAACGGUCCCUGCCAAAUUUCCAAUUGGAGGUUACUUGGAGUAUUACAAAGAAUUUCUGUAACCUUCUUAGUUGUAUCUUGCUUAGCAGUAUGGCUUUAUCCCACGAUUAAAUCUUUCACGAAGGAUCAAGUACUGCAAGAGAAAGUUUUAAGGAAGAUGUGGCCGAUCAUGGUAUUAAUCGUUGGUCUUCACACUUACGUAACACUUACAGCAGCUGUUCCUGAUUGUCCAGUAGGAUAUUCGGGUCCCGGAGGCAAAUCUGAUGAUGGAAAAUACUACAAUUGUACUGGAGGAAUAGCUGGAUUCAUAGAUCGAUUUGUUUUUGGUAGUAAUCAUUUAUAUUCGCGUCCGACAUGCAAAUUAUUAUAUCAGAGCUCCCAACCAUUCGAUCCUGAAGGUGUAUUAGGAACACUUACAUCGAUCUUUCUAUGCUUUUUAGGAUUACAGAUGGGAAUUCUACAUAAUAUAUUCUCUAAUAAUUUAAGAAUAAUGAGAACGUGGAUCUUAUUUGGUUUACUUUUAGUAUGGAAUCAGAAUUAA